UGCGUAUAACCGAGGACCCGACUAGAGUAUCAUCAACCCGGAUAAGCAGUUGUGCGGAUAUGGCCUGACCUCCAAUACAGACCAAGCUUAUUUCCUAUAAACGUCACAAGGUCAGCUGCACUUGUCACUUUCGAUAGCUAAACACACCAUAAUAGCUUAGAAUAGACUUUAACUAUACAACUAUGUGGAGUGAUUUGGCCAAGACCAUCCUGAAUGGCCUCAGAAGGCAUUGAAACUCAAGGAACUUGAUGUUAGCAAGGUUUAUUUUGCUCACUCAAAACGUGUGUAUCACAUAUGUACAAGCUUCAACCUCACAACGGUGAACGUCUAGCAAAAACAAAACUCAUGUGUCCAGGCUCAGAUUCCGUUGCUCCAUGGUUUACCGCUACACCGAAAAAAAAACAAAAAACAAAGACAAUAACCACCUUGAGCAUCCAUCUUUGUUGGCUUAACGACGUCAGGUGUACACCAGACGACCAACAAUCUCCAAGUCCUACUUUUUGGAUAACUUGAUCAGGUGGUUGUCCAAAAACACGCUAGUGGGCUUAGGGAUACCUUGAGUCCACGUUGUACAGCUCUUAACGACAUAGUGUAUAAAGCAGGCCCGGUAGGCAUCUGAAACUGACCAGCUUUAAGAUCAUAUUCGACAAAUUACCAGAACAGCUUCGUCUUCAAUUACAUACCGCCCGGGUAGCUCCAGGUCUUUACG